CCUUGGGACUGGGAGCUGGACAAGGAUAAUUACUGGAAACCGUACUGGGGGCAGGGAGGGAGUGUGCUGGCUGUAAAUGCUCCUUUCUUUGGGCUGAUUGGGCUGGCCCACUCCCCCUAGUAGCUCCUCCAUUGGCCCGAGCCAACAUCAAUCUGUUGAUUUCCAGGUCCCCCUAAAGUUUGAAACUUUUUUUUUUUGUUAAAGUAGGAGGAGGAAUCAAGUUGCAACCAACUCUUGUAACCGAUCCCACAAAGCAGCCGAGGGAAGAAAACACUCUUUCAAUAAUUUACACAUCUGUGCCUGAUACACGGCGAGGGAGCAACAACAACAAAAAAGAAGCAGCUACGAGGGGGGAGGACAUUUUAGUUUUGUUGUUCUGUUUUUGUUUUUCUUUACAAAACAGGCGAACAAACAAAAACAUGCAGUGAAGAAAGUUUUUCCCCCUGCGCUGCCGGGAUGAAGACUUAAAAAGAUUUUUGGUUCAGAGUAACUCGUCAUCUCGUCGGCUGAGCACUCCUGCUGCUGCGUCCCGCUGAGGUGAAGGGAAGACUUGACCAUGGACUCCUUCAGCACCAAGAGCUUAGCCCUGCAGGCGCAGAAGAAACUGAUGAGCAAGAUGGCCACCAAGAGCAUGGCCAACCUCUUCAUUGACGACACCAGCAGCGAAGUGCUGGACGAGCUGUACCGCGUCACCAAGGAGUACACCCGCAACCGCAAAGAGUCCCAGAAGAUCAUCAAGAACCUGAUCAAGAUGGUGGUGAAGCUGGGGGUGCUCUACAGGAACAACCAGUUCAACAGCGAUGAGCUGAUCCUGGUGGAGAACUUCAGGAAGAAAGUCCACACUCUGGCCAUGACGGCGGUCAGUUUCCACCAGAUCGAGUUCACCUUUGACCGGCGCGUCAUGAGCGCCAUUUUGAAUGAUUGCCGUGAACUGCUGCACCAGGCCAUCAGACGCCACCUGACAGCCAAGAGCCACUCGCGAGUCAACCACGUCUUCAAUCACUUCUCCGACUGCGAUUUCCUGGCGGCUCUCUACGGGCCCUCGGAGGUUUACCGCGCUCACCUGCAGAGGAUCUGCAACGGCGUCAACAAGAUGCUCGACGAGGGGAACCUCUGACCUCUGCUGGCCUCGUCAUCCCUCCAGUCACCCCUUGUGUCCCAUCCAUUUAUUUUUGUUAUAAGGUGACAAUCCUGAACAUUGUUUUUUUUUCCUCAUUUGUCACUUCGUGGUUGUGUGUGCCUUUCAUUACUGCAACACUGAAAUUCUUCUGGCUAGUAAGUCCAAAGUCUGUUUUUUUUCUUUUCCAGUCUGACUUUUUUUUGUUAUUCCAGAGUAAACAAAGCCAGCAGAUGUUUCUUCUUUUUGUAAAACGAAUGUAAAACUUCAUGCUCUUAUCAGUAUAUUCAGGGAUAGGAGCCUUGACAACUGUGCCUUGAAAAAAGAAAAAAAAAACAUUUUUAUCUUCAUUCCAAGGGCACUAUGCUUGCCAUCUUACUUAAUCAAAAAGACAUGAAUCCAGGCACAGGCCUUCAGUUAUAUCUCUGUAAGGUGCUUUUAAUGGACAAGAAUGCUUCCUCUCCCGGGAGCACCGGGAGAGGAAACAGAGUGAGUUUUGGUCUUUUUCAAAUACCUAAGGAUAUAAAAAAGUGAUUUUUUUUUUUCUUGUUGUUGUUGUUUUUGUUAGUCCAUUUUUUUUUCUCAAAAUGUAGUAUUGCACUCUAUCCUGAACAAGCGCUGUACUGUACAUUCCUGCAGUCAUGAAACCAUGUGAAGCACGGCAGUUGAAUAAUCCUGCUUAGCCUGCAUUUUACACCCACAUGCACUGAAGUCCACUUUGUAGAGAAGCCAGGCCUUUGUUUUGGAGGCACCUAUAAACCCAGUUUUGCUUUUAAUGAUCUGGUUUAUAGCCACCACAACAAAGAUGAAGUAUUUGGGUCAUAGGGGGACCAUAAACAUGAAGGAAUUUGAUUGCGCUGUGCAUUGUUGAGUGGAAUGUCUCGCCGGUUGUAUACACUCAUCUGCUCGGUGAAAACGUUUUUUCUUUUCUGUGCAUGUCAUAAUCUGAGCAGGAACGUGGCGGCAGGUGCAAAAAGGUGUCUGUGGCAUUUUGUCAGAGGAGCAUAAAACGCAAACACUCGUCAUAAUAGACGUGUGAGCCCAGGGUCAGCUGUGUUUCAGAGUUACCGGCGUCGCCUCGGGUCUAUCCCAAACAACACUGAACUCUGGUUCGAAUUCUGACAGAUGUGAACUAAAAAAGAACUCCCCACGCACGCUCGGAUGAAAAGGCUGGACGGAAAACUGCAGCAUCGUGUCUAUGAAAGAGGACCAGGCGGGGUUUAGAGAUUAGAGCAGAGACAAACACGGCACCUGAUUGUACUCUCCCCCCUGCAAUUACAGCUCCCCGCUCUGGGGUGGUUAUAAUGGGCCUGUAGCCGUCCUGUGUCGAGCAGCUACUUCCAUUUCGCCACUGAGCAGCUUCAUGUAAUGUGACAGAGAUAACCAUCUCUGUUUGUGCGACGCAGGUCCUUUUAAUGGGGUGAAAGACAUUGUGUUUCUUUCUUUUAAAGACACAUAUGAAUAGUCGCUACAAUCCCUCCAACCAUUCACAUAAUCCCUGUCUUUUCCUUUUUGUCUGUGUGUUUUUGUAUCACUGAGCCUGUCUGGGAGAUUGUUUUGUGCCACGGCCUCAUUUUGUAUUCUGCGUGCUGUGUGUGUGUGUGUCUGUCUGUGCGUGUGUGCGUACCUGUGAGAGAAUUGGAAAUUGAGCCGUGUAAUAAGCGCUGUGCUUUUCCAGAUAGCAUUGCUGAAACUUUUAACUUCAUCCACAGCAACUCUGCCAAAGAAAGGAAGACUGAUGUUAUCCAUAAUGCAGUCCUUUUUUUUUUUUUUUUCUCCUUCCUCCCCUGGAGAAACAUUUCAAUAAACAGUAUGCACUUGAUAAUUAUAACCCUGCUAAUGGUGAUAAUGAAGACAAAGGGUGGUGGCUGUUGUGGGUCCUUUUUACUCCCGUUCUUAGAUGACUUCCCUGAGUUUAUUCAUGUUUGAAUCUGACUACAUCGUUUUGGGAGGCUUUGAAGUAAAUCCCUCUUCCUAAGUCCCCAAAAACAGUUGGCUUUAAUUGUGUUUGGAUGCCAUUUUCUCCAAUCCCUCCACAUCUCAGGGUUAGUUUAAAUCUCCCUCGGUUUAAAAUCCAUGACACACUUAGUAAAAAUCAGCAGGAACUCUGCAGCAGCCCCACUUGUUUUACUAUAGGCCUUUUUAAAUUAAGCAUCAUUUUUACUUUUUUUGUGAACAGUUUUUGUUUUCACUCAUGUACAUAUGGUUGUUUUUGUGUCUCUGUAUUGCAUCUAGACGCAACAAAUAUAAUACAAUUUACUUUUUUAAAAGAA